CUUUCCGAGCCUCCGUACCGCGGUGGAGCGACCUGUGAGCAACCGUCUGAGGCCCCGGGCGUCUGGGGAAGGCUGGCCACCGGCCAGGCCCCAGCUCACCAGCCUCAGGAAUCGUGGGAAACCAAAAUGAGACAUAAUCAGCUGUGUUGCGAGACACCACCUACUGUCACUGUACAUGUAAAAUCAGGGUCAAAUAGAUCACAUCAGCCCAAAAAACCCAUUAAUCUGAAGCGUCCUAUUUUUAAAGAUAGUUGGCCAGCAUCUGAAAAAAAUGCACAUAAUAGCAACAAGUCUAAACGCCCCAAAGGACCCUGUCUAGUUAUACAGCGUCAGGAAAUGACUGCUUUCUUUAAAUUAUUUGAUGAUGAUUUAAUUCAAGAUUUCUUGUGGAUGGACUGCUGCUGUAAAAUUGCAGACAAGUAUCUUUUAGCUAUGACCUUUGUUUAUUUCAAGAGAGCCAAAUUUACUAUAAACGAGCAUACCAGGAUAAAUUUCUUUAUUGCUCUGUAUCUGGCUAAUACAGUUGAAGAAGAUGAAGAAGAAUCCAAAUAUGAAAUUUUUCCAUGGGCUUUAGGGAAAAACUGGAGAAAAUUAUUCCCUGAUUUCUUAAAGUUAAGGGACCAACUCUGGGAUAGAAUUGACUAUAGAGCUAUUGUAAGCAGGCGAUGCUGUGAGGAGGUUAUGGCCAUUGCUCCAACGCAUUAUAUAUGGCAACGAGAACGCUCUGUGCAUCACAGUGGAGCUGUUAGAAACUACAACAGAGAUGAAGUUCAAUUGCCCCGGGGACCUAGUGCCACGCCAGUAGAUUGUUCACUCUGUGGUAAAAAAGGAAGAUAUGUUAGACUGGGAUUGUCUUCAUCAUCUUCAUCCAGCGAUACAGUAGAGGUGGUGGAGAAACAGUCUCAAGAAUCACACAAUUCAUUCUCAAUGGACAUAAUAGUUGAUCCUUCUCAAGCUUAUAGCUAUCCUCAAGCCAAUGACCAUCAAUCAAACAAAGAAAAGAAAACUAAUUUCAUGAAGAAAGACAAAUCUAUGGAGUGGUUUACAGGAAGUGAAGAAUGAGAUGGCUCAACUAAACC